AUGGCGGCGUCUAAUGCCAUCUACCUAGCUUUCUCGGUCUUGGUUAUGACAGCUGAUUCAAUCAACUGUGUCCUCGACACCGGCAAUGGCUCCCAAUAUUCUUGUAUCCUAGCCCGAGUGAACACAAUCCUUCCUAUCAUGAUCGAGAAAUGGAACCAGUCCCUUUUCUUCUUCCAGACUGCCCCUGUCAGUUCUAGAAUUGAUCCCUAUGCUCUUCCACGGCUGGCCGUUCAACCGGUUGCUCGGCGCCGUGCCCAGUAG